AUGGAAUUGCUUUACUCAAACGAAGGCAAUUCUAUUCAGAAGAUCAGAAUCCAGAUAUUCUCCUCAUUCAUCCCAGCAUCGUCGGCCCUCAUCAUCACGUCCACCUUCAGUCGUUCGAAACAUCGUUCGCAUUCUAAUGAUUCUCGUCGAAGUGGAAGUGAAACUCGUUAUCAGUCGAUCAGUAUCACAAAACAGUCACUAACACCUACCUGCAGAUCGUUACUACCACAAACUGAAAUCCAAAAAAGUCCUCGACGAAGACGAAGUGCUGAUCCUCGUGGUUUAGAGUCUGAUAUGAAUUUUUCUGCUCGUAAUGGAAGUAAAGCAGGAUCCAUUACUAUUUUACGAUUAAAUGAUAGUGACGAUGGUCUACGUACAUCAGGUUCUCGACGAAGUUCAAUUCGAAAAUCAACAAGUGCAUAUAAAACAAACGAUUCAACUGACUCUGAUAUGGAAGGUGUGUCUUCACCACCACUUGAUGUUCUACGAAAAACAACAUCCAAUCAUGCUACAAGUUUUGUUCCAUACAAAUCUCAUUCCUCAUCAUCGUCAAGAUCCACAAAAUAUUGA